AUGUUACAUCCUCCACCAAGCACAAAACAUAUUAUUCAACAGACGCCAUGCCCAGCGAUAUCGAUCGAAAAACCUAUCAACGAUCCUUCUGACAAACGCGUCACACCUACAAAAAAUAGAUUAGCGCAACCCAAGCCUCCUAAUAUUCCGACACUUCCUUUAGGGCCCCAUCUACGCGACAGUGCCACACCCGAAACCUUGUCGUUAACAUCCCCCACCGCUUCCACACCUACUAGCACGACCUCGGAUGAAAAUGACGACUCAAAGACGGAAUCGCAACCGCCUCCCAUCCUUAGCCUAGACCGUGCGGUUUUCAGCUCCGAAAGCUUCUCCCCCGCAAGGUUUGUGAACAACAUCACGAACGUGGUUCUGUUCAAGAUACUUCAGAAACACCAACGGAGCGCGGCGCUGCGGCUGGACCGGUACGAAGAUGUCAACCCGGCCUCAUCCCCCCCUCCCCCACCGCGGCUCCGCGCGAGUGAUGGAUCCGACCUCUUCAGUAGCCCUCACAUCGCCCCCGGCUUCCGCCAGCAGUACGGCACGGAGGGCGAAAAUGUGGACUAUCGCGAGACCGCGCAGCAGCUCUCCGCCGUCCUGGGCUACGCCGCCGAGGAGGUCGAGACCUUCCUCGGGGAGGAGCGUGCGCAGCUCGGGGUGCUGGAGGCCCAGUGCAAACGGGUGAAGGCGCAGGAACGGCAGCGGCUGGGGAGCGUGCGGAUGGGGCUCGAGGGCACCACGGCCCGCCUGUAUGCGUACGGCAACCGCGUCGCGAACGCCCAGGCCGCCGCGGAGGGGAUCGAGGAGCACCUUUCCCAGUCCAACGCGCGAGUGCAGCGCGGGAAAGCGGUGGGGCAGCUCUUGCGGUACUUCAAAAACCUCACCGGGAUCGAGACGGAGAAGCUCACCGGCCUGCUGAAGGCGCUGUCCAAGACGCGUCUCACCCAGCGCGCGGCGAUUACGCGGCGCUGGGAGUCCGGCGACGUCUCCUCAUCCAACCCGCGCUACUUCACAACCUCGAGCGCCGCCAUCGAGGGGGAUCCGCAAUCAGCUCACCCCAAUGGGCUCCUCAAAGCCGGCGAUUCACCUGGCAACGCGGCGAAGGCCAACUCACAUCAUAGAAAUGGCGAGGUCGAUGACCCUAAACGCCACGGCCCCGAGGACAAUGAAAUGAUAAACCAAUCUGGUGUGGAGCUGGCGGACGUCAAGCUGGAUCGUGUUGAGGCCGCGGCAGUGGCAUCCGGGUUAGACCGCGUGCUUGCCGCCCGAAGCUACACAGAGGUACAGGCGGAGUGGGGUCAAAAACUUCUCUCCUUGUCCUCAGAGAUCGGCAACUUAGUUAGUAAUACGGAAAAUAUUGAGAUCUAUGUGUCCUGGCUGCGCGAAGAGCUUGUCGCGGAUCUCUUUCAUGUUGUUGGCUGCUUCAAGAACUUCUAUAAUAGUGAUCCUCAGGAAACUAAGCAUCGGCUCUACACUUCUGCGCUGCUUAAGACGAUGGAGCUCAUCUCGCGAUUAUAUUCUGCCAUCACCCCAUCGAACGAUGCCAUGCUCAAGGUGUUAUUCUCGAGGACCAUUAAUGAUCUGGCUCUAGGGUUAUUUAGCGAAUACAACCCGACCCCACUUCCCAAUCCGACAAUGCGAUCGUCAGGCUCUGCACCGGUGAGCGCGAUGGUUCACUUUUCAGAGCACAUGGAAAAAGGUCUCGAGAAGGCUUUUUCGUUUCUCGCGAAAGAGGUACAACGCGAUGUGAUUGUGGUGGAGACGAUUUUUGGCACCAUCGGCACGGUGCGGCAUCAGCUUCUCACUGAAGUAACCGAGGGAGUUGUGAAACCUUUUGUGGAGCAACAGAUUAAACUCGCAGAGACGUUCCAGAUCUCGGUACUUGACACCGACGCAAGCCUUUCACCACGCAGCAAGCGAAAAUUUUCAAAUGUUGUGGCAGACGCGAUCGCCUACUACCACACUGUCAAGGUUUCUCUUUUUCUCCUCUAUCAACAAUACGUCAGGGAUCUCAAAACGAGCUUCACCGAGAUCGAGGUGGAUUUUUUGGACCGCUUAGGGAAAACGAUCUUUGUGAAACGCUCCAACUACUGUAGCUCGCGAGCGGAGCUCUCUCUUCUGGAGCGCUAUUUUAAGCUAAUUGAGGAAAAAUACACACGACAGCUGCUCAUCGUGCCCGCUCAGUGCUAUGAUGUCCGCGUGGCGCAUAUGACGAAAACUAAAGAGCAGAUCGAUCGAUUCACCGAAGUCGCGACGCGGGUGAAAAUCUAUACCCUCCCCCAAGACGUCGCGCCUUAUAUGCUUGCCCUGAUUCAAGCGGCAUUCACCAAAAUUGGUGCCUCCCUUGACGAGGUGCUCAGUAAAACGCUUGAUGCGAUGCGAGCGGACCGCGAGAGCUGGCGUCAGAAACCAAAAAAUGAAGAGGAUCUGCUCAACCCCCAAAGGGCCGAAUCUCAGCAGUGCGGCUUUCGCAUGCUACUUUUUGCGCAGUCAUCGCUAAUGCAAUUGUGGGGUGCGACCUCGGCGAUGAUCGCUCCCCUCCUCGAGACCCACCCACGCCUCUCACAAGACGUCGAUGAGGCUUGGCGCGACGCCCUUGAGGUUCUGGACGAGCAUGCCGAAAAGCUCUUGAAUAUGUGUGCACAGGCGAUUAUCAUUCGCGCUCUUUCGAUUCUCGUUCAGUAUCAAACCCGAGUCGAUUACCAACCGCUCCAUUUCGGAAAGAACGACGCCUCGGAGAUCGAAGUGGCGCCGUGCUCGCGGGCCUGCACUCUUUUUUGCUACUACAUCACGCGUCAGUUCGAAAUAGCGAAGGAAUUCAUUCGAAAUUCGGAUGUGCAGAUCGCACAACGAGAAACUGUCAUGGGUCGGAUGCGUUGCGAAGAAGGCACCCAACCCAAUGAAGAACCGCUUUCCUUUAUAGCGAAUAUGGGUAUGUCCUCGGCCCCGAAUAACGGUAUUAAUGCUUUUCGCGCACAAAUACAAGCAAUGAAUCUUCCGCAGCUUCUCUAUGGUGGUGGUGAACCUUCCUCUUUUGUGCGCACUGUUGGUGUGUGUUUGUAUCGCGGUAUCUCAGCUCAUGUAAAGUCUUUCGCUGUGAAUAACCGUGGGGCGUUGGUGUACAAGCAAGAUAUGACCGCCUACAAAGAAGCAAUGUCACCAUUGAUCAGCAUUCCUGGACCAAGCAGCGCCCUCGUAGACACGCUUUUCCAGAUUUUGAAAGAAACAAGCAGUUUGUUGUUAAUACCACUCAAUCGUAUUAAGGAGGUAAAGCAAUCUGGUAUGCUGAGGCUUCUAAAUGACGCAGAGAAGAUGCGGUUCAUAAAGAUGCGUGAGGACAUGCAUGAACCCUAG